AUGAUCUGGAAGAAGAGCUCACUGCUGAUCGCAUUGACAUGCGUAGCCACCACUGUGGCUCUGCCUUCCCCGUCUCCCCCAGAUCAUGUCAAUGCCAAUCAGGGCAACCAUGGAGGAUGGUGUCCCAUAAUUGGGAAGCCCCUGUCGAACUGGCGCAAUGGCCCUCUUGCCGAAAUUGUACGCUUGGUUGGAAAAUGUCCCCAGGGCCGUCCCUUCUGUCGUGAAUUGAUCCUAGAGGAAUGCGAAGUGGUUACCAAAGUCGUCAAAACCGUCACUCCCGCCGCAGCCACCGUCAAGGUUACCAAGACCAUCACCGACCAUCCGCAGCAAGUGACGACCAAGACAACGAUUGAGCAUUGUCUGUCAACGAUCACUAAGCCUGCCCGCACCACCACACGCCAUACAACCUCGACUGUGUCCCAUACUGUCCCGAAGACGGUGACGGACCGGUCGACCCUAACCUCCACUAAGGUUUCAACUGUGUUCCUGACCCAGCCGGACUUUGAAACCAUCACUAUCCCUGUAACAAGCUUUAUCACAAACACUGUCACCGACGCAAUCACUGAUUAUGCUGCUGCCACGGUCACUGAGUCGUUCACAGAUACGACUACUGAAACAUUUACAAACACCAUUACUGACUACUCCACGGCCAUGGUGACUGCUUUUAUCACGGAGCCAGCGACUGUCUACAUCAGCAAUCUAUAUACUGACCUCGCUACCGCCACAAUAACCAACUAUCACACGGAAACUAUCACUCUUUCCUAUACUGAUACCGCCACAGCGACGGCAACAAAUACAAUAUCGUCCACAACGACACAGGAAGUAGACGUGACUGCGACAAAUACUGUGUCCCAGACUAUAAUCAAUACUGAUUUGGAAACUGCAACCAACACUAUCUCCGCCACUGAGACCGACUACACAACUGCAACCUUCACCACGGUGGAAACUGAUGGGGUCACAGUAACCACCACCGCUGUGGUUACGCUCGCGCCCGCGAAGAGAGACGUGGUUGAGGAGCGUGCCGCAAGGGCCACUCCCUCUGCCCUGAGAGGCAUCCAUGCUACUCAUCUGCAAAGCGCAUGUGCUUUCUUGUAUUUUGAGGACUGGGUCUCAACAGUGUACACCACCAAGACAUUGGUUCGGGCUACUUUUACCACAGACUUUGUGACCAAGACAGUCCCUGGCACGUUCACCACGGUCAAGACUGAUACAGUCACGACCGAUAUCACAAAGACGAGAACUAUUCCAGCGACGUUAACUGUCACCGCUUGCUCGACCACCACUGCCACCGAUAUCGCUACUGUGACUGUGACUGUCGAGAAUCCCACCACACAGACCGAAUUCAUCACCGCUAUAGUGACUAGCGAUAUCACAACUUUCACUACCCUUGAUAUCACAGCCCAUGAGACCGCCUCUGUAACUGAAGAUUCCACUGUUGACAUGACCAAUACCGCCACAACCGAUAUCACAACCACGCAAACCAAUACAGAGACGGUUGAUAUCACCACUAGCGAGACUACCACCCAGACUGUUGAUAGCACUGCUACUGAGACAACAUCGGUGACAGCCACCGAGACUUCCACAAUCACUGUUGAUGUGACCGAAGUAGCAACUAUAACAGCAACUUCUUCGUUUACCGUCACUGCCACCGUGCCUGUCACUGUUGAAACCACCAUCUCCAAUACUGUUGAUGUUACUAAAACCGCGACUACUACUUCCACUAUCGACGUAACCAUCACCCAGACAGUCUCAACAACUACAACCACCACUGUCACGUCCACGGCAACCAGCUCCGCCAAUUGUAAUGUGAACAUCAUCUCAAAUCCCAAUUUUGAUGGUGCAAGCUUAUCGCCUUGGACAUUCAUUGGUGCUGGGGGCGGAUCCCACAAGUUUGUCUCGCCAGGCGAGACCACCACCUACGCACUCGAUCUCUACACCCUCUAUGUAGGGUCGAAUCUUGCUCAAAUUACCCAGGUGCUGACCACUGUCCCCGGACAAACGUACGCCUUUUCACUGGAUUACGAAGUUAUCGCGGGCAACGUUGCAUCCGCUCUGAUUUGCUGGGCUAUCAGCUCUGCCUCGACACCAUUCCAGAUCCCCAUCGGCUCAGCCCCCAAAUCCACAUGGCAUACAUACCAGAAUACUUUCCAGGCAUCGUCGACAAGUACCACCCUCACUUGCAGGCUGACAACAACCAUUAAUGUGUCGGUUUAUCUUGAUAACAUUUCUCUGGCAAAGUCAUGUUGA